AUGGAGCUAAGGGGGAAAGUAGUAUGGAUUACGGGUGCAGGGUCGGGGAUUGGAAGGCAACUGGCCGUCUCCCUUGCCCAGAUCGGAUCCAAGCUCGUCCUCCAUAGUCUUCAAGGCGAAGAUCUCGACUACGUGAAAGCCCUCUGCCUCGAGAACGCGCAAGGACGCCUGAGCGAGGAAGACAUUCUCAUCCUUUACGGAGACAUUGCCGAGAUGGAAUCGCACGAAAAAUGGGUUCGGCACGUUCUGCAACAUUUCAAGACGGUGGAUAUCCUGAUAAACAACGCAGGGAUGAACAUCUUCCAAAAGGCAUAUGAAACACCACUGGACUUGACACGGAGGUUAUUCGACGUGAACUUCUUCGGGAUGAACAUCUUCCAAAAGGCAUAUGAAACACCACUGGACUUGACACGGAGGUUAUUCGACGUGAACUUCUUCGGUAACGUCGGGUUGGCCAUGGCCCUCCUGCCCCAUUUCAGGCAGAGGAAAGCAGGGCACAUCGUCGUGACAUCCAGCGUCCUUUCUUUCUUCUCCGGUCCAAAUGCUUCUUCCUAUUGUGCUUCCAAACGGGCUGUUCAGGUGAAUGAGUUGAGUCUUGAGCGGCUUCUUGAUGCAUUAUCCUCGGAUAUGAUGGUUCCUAGAUUAUAUGCCGUGUUACAGAGGCUAAGGGGGAAAGUAGUAUGGAUUACGGGUGCAGGGUCGGGGAUUGGAAGGCAACUGGCCGUCUCCCUUGCCCAGAUCGGAUCCAAGCUCGUCCUCCAUAGUCUUCAAGGCGAAGAUCUCGACUCCGUGAAAGCCCUCUGCCUCGAGAACGCACGAGGACGCCUGAGCGAGGAAGACAUUCUCAUCCUUUACGGAGACGUUGCCAAGGUUGAAUUACACGAAGAAUGGGUUCGACACGUUCUGCAGCACUUCGAGAAGGUGGAUAUCCUCAUAAACAACGCAGGGAUGAACAUCUUCCAAAAGGCAUAUGAAACACCACUGGACUUGACACGGAGGUUAUUCGACGUGAACUUCUUCGGUAACGUCGGGUUGGCCAUGGCCCUCCUGCCCCAUUUCAGGCAGAGGAAAGCAGGGCACAUCGUCGUGACAUCCAGCGUCCUUUCUUUCUUCUCCGGUCCAAAUGCUUCUUCCUAUUGUGCUUCCAAACGGGCUGUUCAGGGAUUCUACGACGCCUUGCUAGCUGAGGAGGUGGGGAAUGGGAUCAAAAUCACCACCUUGCAGCCAGGCUACGUCAACACAAACAUCUUCGCUAAUUCUAUUAAUUUGAAAGGGGAAAGUAUGGACAUGGGCGUAUUCGAGCCGUUCAAGAUGGACGUGGCGUCAUUGGUAGACUGGGCGCUGGUCGCAAUCGCUAACAACGUGUUUUCCGCAUGCAUUGCUAAGAAGUGGAUCAUCAUCAGCCUCGUGUAUUACUUCCCGAAUCUUUGUAAAUGGAUCGCGGUAAGAAUAGGGGAAAGGGCCUCCAACGCUGUUACCAAGAAGAAAUAGGCAGCAUCCCUUCGUUUGCUAUGUUUCCUUUUUGCCCUCCCUUCCGGUUACUUUCUCCAGAAACAUGCAAGAGAGAAGUACUCGCAUCUUGUAGCAAAAAAAAGAUACAAUGCCGAUUUCCAGAAUCAGCCGACCAUUAAAAUCCAAAGCAUUGAAUGUUUCAACCCUUGUGUAAUUGCUUACUACAAAGAUGACGAUUUAUUAAAAUGAAUAUAUGUGUGCUUAAUUUGUGCAUGGAAAUCUUGUGAUUGCUGAGCGAUGAUUGUGCGUUAGUUUAAAGCAUUGCUUAAUAUUUCAGACAAAAAUUAAUAUUUUAUUCCUCUUUUCUCAUGAGAGCAAGUGAGACAUACGUCUCUAUCACUUUCAUGAUACCGCUUUUCGUAUGCUUUAUUAUUCAUAUGCAUUUCGGGCUGGCUGUCUCAUGACUUAUCUUUCCAGGUAUCUUUCAAGGUGGCUUUCCAUUACGAUCCUUUUCAAAGUAGAGUAGGCAAUUGCUGCAACAUUUUUAGUGCUACUAUUUCCCAUUCUAACAAAAAAUGUAGAUUACCUCCCCAGGUAGAAACUAAUGUUCCAAU